AUGGAAGCGCCAAGAUUUGUCUGCGGCAACUUAGAGUACGACACGUCUGGUUGCAAAAGAGAGGGGAGAUUCGCGUGCAAGGGCUGCCGUCUCGUAAAUGUGCGUUCAGCCAUGAAAAUGCCAAAAGCCUAUUGGCCUCAACUUAAGUUAGCCUGCAUGUCACCACUGGGGCAGGGAACGUGGCAGCCGGCUUGGGCUCUUGAAAGUCGACUGCCUUCAUUUGUUCAAGGGCCCCUUAACCAAUUUAUUGGACCGAAUAAACACCUGUGGGGCAAUACUCCUGCGAUUGACGUCCUUCAGCUUGACUCAAAUGAAGGACGUGACUAUGAUCAUGAUCUCCGUCUCUUGUUUGCCGGUAUCUCGGGAGACCUCCGGAAUUUCAUUGAAACAAUCGCUCAGCUCCCGAAGAGCUAUGAUCGCUCACUUGAUGUUGUAGCCCGCAAUGUUAUUAUGCUCCUUCUUCUUCUCAGUAUGGACGAAGACGAUGCAACAAUCGACUGUAUCAUUCGCUUCUGCUGCUUGGGCGCCCGUGUACGUCCUCUAAUCCAGGGCUUCUGCGAAACGAUCAAGGAUGCCACACGGGGAAGCCCCCAUACCCAAGACGUGGCAUUCGGGAAGCGCUCUUUGAAAGUCACCCUAAGCAAGCAAUCCUGGUAUCGCCUCUUGACGUAUUUCCAUGUGCCGACAAAAUUGACGGUUGAACACGCACGAAGCAUCCGUACGGCCAACACCUUAGCUGAAUCGAGGAGAGACGUUCGUGAUAAUUAUAUGUCCUGUUUGCCACCCUCCCAUCGCAUCACUUCUUACAAAUUUCGGAAAAUUGGUGUCCUGCUCCCAUUUGAUUUUCCGCGUCAUGAAUUUCGAGUGCCGAACCCACUUUCGUCAGUCGUGUUUCAGACUUGGAUUCUCUCGCUCACCUUGCCUCAACUAGAUGCCAUGAAGCUCCCAAAUCACUUUUAUGACAAAAGUUUCGAUCGCAUCGAAGUUUCCAAUAUUGCGGACCAAGAGUUUCUGGGAAUCCACAUGACGCUAUAUGCGAUGGCGCCCUUGCUUCGAAACACCGUGGAAAAUCCGCAUGCUACCCUUAUUACUCUAUUUCUCAAUGCUAUUCAGGAAUCCUUGACCCACAAGGAACACUCAAGAGAAAUGCUCAAGGCUCAUACCAACAAAUAUCUCUCCCAGUAUCUUUUUCGCAAGGAGAAAAGGAUUGCGGUGAACGAUCCUAGGCUCAUCCAAUUGGCGAUGGCUCUGCCCAUGGUCGAGAACCACGAGCACGUUUUUCAACGCUUUUUAGCCAAUCACAAAUUGCAUGACGUUCCCAAACUAAUAGGGAUGGCUAUGAAGGAAAGUCAUACGAUCGUGGAAAAAUGGCCUUUCAGAUUGAAGCUUCGGCCUGAUCAAGCAGGCGCACAAGCAGAAUUCGACCGAUGCAUAACUAGGGGUGUGACGUGGAGGGAGUUCUACCUGGAAUGAGAAAAGCUACCCGGCUGGGAG